AUGGCAGGAUACCAGCUCUGGUCACCAUGGACCCCCCUGGAUGAGAAUUUGCAAUGGCUACGGCACACAACACCUACCUUUUCCUCCAAACAUCCUUUUAGGGUCUCGCCUUGCUUCCCACAGAGCCCUUCUGAUCUUGAAGUACAGCGGUGCUUUCAUGAAGUUGCUGUAGUCUUGGAGCACCCGAGGAUGGAAGCUGUGAAGAGCUCAGAGUUACCUAGCCAUCCACCUGAGCCACAAAAAGGAACAUCAGCCAAGAAGAAACGAAUGAUUAGGAAGCCCCAGCCCAUCCGUCUCAUUGGAUUGGAUUCAGUCUUUGGCAGGGUCAUUACAGUCCAGCCACCCAAGUGGACUGGAACCUUCAAAGUUUCUGAUACAUCGGCCUUUAGCAAAAUUGUCAGCAAAGAGCAACAGUGGCCCACUGGACUCAGGGAGCCACAGAUCGAGAUGACAAUGGCCAUGUGCAAACAGAUGCUACGCUCGAUUCUUCUGCUCUAUGCGAUAUACAAAAAGUGCACCUUUGCUUUGCAGCACUCCCAGUAA